UUUACGAAUUGUGUGGUUAAUUCGCGGAAAUUUUUGGAAAUAUUGAGAAAAUUAUAACAAAAUAUUUGCAAAUUCAGUAAGUGUUGAACUACUUUGCUCGUUAUAAUGUGCUGUAUAAUUUAAAUAAAAUCAAAAUAGUACCGGUGUGAAAUUUUUCCCAAAAUCUUUGAUAUAUGAAUCAGUUUAAUUGAAAAGGUGUUUUGGUUGGGCUGGUGUGAAAAAAUUGUAAGAAAAUUUCGAAGCGGGUGCAGCAAACAUCUGAAAAAGUAGCGCAGCCAUAGUAUAUGGAAGCGGCAAAAGCGAAACUCGUAUAAAAGCAACAGCAGAAUAAAUGUGAAAAUUUGUUAAACUGUGCUAGCGAAUUUGAAUUUUUAAUAACAAAAAGGCGAAAGACGGGAAAAAACUGAAGGAAGGCGCUCUGUCAUUCAUACAGCUGCUUUCUGUCAUUCUUACCCUUGCUCAUGUUUUAUCGCUUUUCGCUUUUUAUUACGGCAGAGAAAUCGAGAGAAGAAUAAUAUGGGGUAACAUAAAAGUGGAAAAGUUACCGGAGUAGAAGGAAAAAAGGAAAAGAAUUGUGUAUAGGUGAGAUUAGUGUGGCGUAUGGACAAAAUACAUUUCACUGCGAUUUUCUUAAGCAAAUAUUGAGCAAAUUACUUUAUUAUAUUCAAACAAACGGACAGAUUUACAAAAUAUUAAAUGUAAUAUCUGUAAGCCAGUGCUUUUAUUUUUAAAUAAGAUUUGACUAGUAUAUAUGUAGUGACGUGCUUUAGUGUGUAUGUUACCUUUUUUGACUGGGCUGCUGGUCGCAGGAUUUGUACUUGUGUCGUCUAUUCCAUUGAAUGCUUUCAAAUUAGUUAAAUGUGAAUUAACCAGAGAGUUGGCUUGUGCGACGUAUAAAUUCUAACUGAAAAAGUUACCUACGAAACUAUUUGUGCAUAUAUAUGCAUAAUUAAAGAAAACGUCUUAAGCUUAAAAAUGUUAAAACGUUUUUAAAGAGGUGCAUUCUCAAAUGCUGAUAAUUUAGAUAAAAAAAAGCAUUAAACCCUUUAUAGGAGCAUCUUAGAAUUUUAUCAGCAUCAGCGAAUAAGGUGAAAUGUCUAAUAACAAUCCUCAUGGACACAUAAGUCAACCCACGCAAAAUCCAUCAUGGAAUCAUUUGCAGAUACCAUCGUAUAUACCGAGACAGCCACAAUUGGCGCACAUGUCCAACGAACGUCCCAUGGUGCGUUCACCAUCGGCUUGGCAUGCGCCAGCACCACCGCCGGACUCUAUAUAUAAUUUCAUGUCGGCCAAUCAUAAAAAUCUUGAACAUCAAAUGAACUCUUUGCUGCCUCGGUCACUUCUGCCGCCAUUCGACUCCAUGGAUUUGUCUCUACAAUCGAGUCGUAGUUCCAGCUCACCACUUAACAAAGCCGUUGGUGGCCAUGCGCCGGGAAUGCUGCCACACGAGUAUACUGGUCAUAAGCAUGCAAGUACACCACAGCCUUCAGGGCCACCACCACCGCACCAACAUCAGCAACAUUCCCACCAACAACAAGCUCAUCAGCACCAACAGCAGCAGCAGCAACAACAAUCCCAAUUGCAUGGCCCAAAUAGUUAUCCACUUCAUAAUUUAGCACAGCAACAACAACAACAACAACAACAACAGCAGCAGCAGCAGCAGCAGCAACAACAAUCACAACACGCACAUCACUCUCAACUAUCUGCGUUACAAUCUUCGCCAGCCACGCAUGGUAUGCAAAGCGGCGCUACACCACAGUCACCCGCAUCACCUGCUGGUAACCAAGGCCCAGGAAAAUAUAUGAAUACAAACGGUAAUGAUUGUGAAGGUAUGCUACCGCCUGGAGGUUCAAACUCUGGUGGACCGCCCUCGGUAGGUGGCAACAAUAAUGGUGCAAGUGGCAAUAGUGGUGCUGGGGGAGGUGGUGGCGGUGGACCGAGUCCUGGACAUCCUUACAUGCGUGAUUCGAGCGAUACUCCCUCCCAUUUGGGUGAUGGAUAUGGAAAGGUAUCGCAUUUAACGCGUAACUACGAUACUGAGUUGCAGUCCAAAGGUGCUGGAACAAAGCCUGUUGAGUUGGUUAGUAAAGAUUGUAAUUACCCCUCGCUUAUAUCAAAUAAAAUGUCUACACAUGCACAACAACAAUCACAGCAGCAACAACAGCAACAGCAGCAGCAACAUCAACAGCAGCAGUCGCCCAAAAAGCUUUCACCGAUGCGAAACUACCAUGCGCAACAGCAACAACGUCAACACCACCAUCAGCAACAACAUCAACAGCCCCCAUCUUUCAAUAAUCCACCACAGUCAGCAAUGAAGCAUAACGGUCCGCACACACCACCCACACCACAGUCACCAGUUAUGCAUCAGCAGCCAGGUGGUUCCUUACAUGGUAUGGACUACAAUCAAAUGCAUUUGCAACAACAGCAACAACCACCGCCACAGAGCGCUUACACGCAUCAGCAACACGCUCAACAGCAGCAACAACAACAACAGCAACAUAUGUCUCAGCACUUGCCACCUCCACCGCCGCAACAUGCCCUACACUAUCCCCCUCAUCCGCACGCACAUUCACUUGCACACAGUCUCUUACCUCAACAGCCGACACAACAUCAGUCGCAGACGUCGCAGUUGUCACAACAAAAUCAGCAGCAGCGCCAUGCGCAACAACAGCAGCAACAACUCAUACACCCGCCAAUGCAUUCAACACAACAGCAACAACAUCAGCAUCAAGCAUCGCCCCGCAUGCAUCCACAUCAACAUCAACAUCACCAGCAGCAACAGCAACAACAGCAGCAACAGCCGUUGCCAACACAACUACAAAACUCGUCACCACCUAUGCAUCCGUCAAUAAGCACACAUUCUCACCAUACUAAUGCAACAAAUUUCACGCGCUUAGAUGACAUGGCACCAGCUGUACCUAAUGCGGCAACAAAUUCCACUGCUUAUAAUGUGCACACGACGGAGAUGAAGAAAUCGUCGCCGCCUACUGAGAGUACAAUUAUAGCAGACCUUUCAUCAGCAGGCGGCACCGCUGGAGGCAAUAAUGCAUACUCCACUAGUGGGAAUAGCGUACCCAAAGCGAUAGCCGAUAGUGCUGAGUCGCCUUCCCCUGAAGGAAACUCGUCGCAUUGUGAAUCCUUAGACUCCAAUAGCAACAGCAGUGGCGGUGGUGGAGGCGGUAGCUAUAGGCCACGCCCACAUAAGCGUGGUGAUGAUACAAAGCGAACUGAUGCUGCAACCGUAGAUUUAGGCGGGGGUUCGAUGGCGACACAUGGUCGGGAAGAAUCAUCAAAACAGUAUCAGCAAUUACCGAGGAACAACAUUCCGCGAAGCCCAAAAUCUUCGCCACCAGAGCAAACGAGGCGAUCACCGCGCAAAGCUGAUAUUAAAUCUCCCGUGAGUAAUUUUAACAAAUCGCCACCUACUGCAACGGCCAAUCUAGGUACGCCUCCCACGUCACACGAGAAGCUGCCAAUAGCUUCCACACCAACUUCUCCGACAAGUCAAACAAUAGAGAAUGGUCGCAUACCGGCAGGAGCUGGCUCAGCUUCAAAUACUUUAUCUGCAAGUUCUAAUCCAUUUGCAGACACAGAAGUGGAGACAAUUGACAAAAUCAGCGCCAUGAUCGCUAACACCGCAAGCGAGAGUGCCACUCAUGUGGACGCAAAUAGUAAUUCAAGCAUUAAGAGUGUUGGUGAACGUGAGAGCAGUGUCCUCAGCAGUGGUAGUCCGAAAACGAAGAAACAACGGCAAGCACUAAAGCUACGCAAUGCCUCUGAAUAUAAUUCGAAUUCAAAUGGAUCGAGUAAUUCUUAUGGCGCUAUUGGUACCGCGAACAAUAGAGCAAUGACAAUGAAUGAUAAUGCCGUUGCAGUCGAUGAAUUGCGUAAGGAGUUAAUGCAAACAGAACUACAGACCAUGGAGGAUGCUAAUGCUGACCGAAAAGCGACGAAAAAAGCCGAAAACAGCCGAAAUGUCAGCAUUGAGAGCGAAACGGAGAGUCGCAUACGUCAACCGCCGCCGCUAAGUCCACAAAGUAAUAGCCACAGCAGCAGCAGCUCAUCGAGCAGCUCCAGUUGUAGCAAUUCGAGUCACAGCAGCAUUGGUAGUAAAACAACAACCACAACACAUGCGGAAAGCAAAACAUCAGGCAGUCAGGUUGCCGUUAAAGCUGCCAUGGCGACAAACGUAGAAGAGGAAAGUAAGACUGCGGAGCAGAUCCAAAAUGAGAGCAAAAUGCAGACACCGACAUCUGUCGGCGAUGCAGAGCCACUCAAUUUGAAUGCACAUAAAAGUGAUACGGCAACAUCAUCAUUUGAGGAGGUUGAAAACAAAUUGGAGGAAAUGUUCGCCGGUAUCGAGGAUGAGCCCAUCAUACCGGAAGCCGAAGAUAUUACAUCACAACCACCUGCGAAUACGACUGAAGUAGUGCGGGAUUUGAGCUUAGCAUUGGAGCUGUCCAAUACAAACACAUGCGCACAGCUCAGCGCGCCAGCGCCGCAAGAAGCGGCGCAAGUGAAUGAGUCUUUGAACGCUUUAACUAAAGAAACUAAGGAUAUAAACACACCUUUGCAUGUACGCACUGAAGGCCCACCACCGACUAAGGCCGCCAAAAAAUCCACGCUACCUAGUCCCAUACGAAAGACAACAACAGUCAAAGCACAAUCUACCCCUGUUACCGACACAGUCGAUUCUGCACCAAAAACCGCCGACAAUAAAGAGAGCGCCAAAACAACUAGUGGUUCUACAGUUACACCCACGGUGGCAGCUGGCAGACGAAGUGGGCCGCCACGCCGACGUCUUUCGGUCGCUAUGGAUACAGCGAAUUUGCGUAUUAUGUUAGAUGAUGACCCUGACUAUAUGGAUACGCGUCCACAGCGCAACAAGCGCACAACUAACUCAAAAAGAAAUAAUAGCACGCAGAGCAACAACACAGAGCAGAAAAAAGAUGGAGUAAUUUGCUUGGAUGAUGAUGAUGAUCGACCGAGUACUUCGGCUGCUGCAGCGGCAGCAUUGGCCGCUAAAACAACGGCUGCUGGUGGUACAUCAAAGGAGCCGACAUCUCACGCCGUGGGCGGCAACAGCAGCUCAAACGCCAAGACCACAGCGAAAAAUUCCAAAGGUCGCAAAGCACAAGAUACACGCAAACGGCCCGCCCGUCUUCCGGAGACAAACAAAAGUAGCUCCAAAAAGAAGUCUACGGGCAAACAACAACAAAAACGUAAACAGCAACAACAUUCAUCAGAUGAUGAAGCGCCUGUAGCAGCGUCUGCUACUGCCACAGCGGAGCAAGUAAAAAAUAAAUCACCAUUCAUUUUGGUAAAACGUGACGGCAGUAUAAGUGUGGUGAAUGCGCCCUUGAAUGCUGAGGAUGUCAACGAAAAAAAUGCAGGCGCAAGGCAAGUGAAGAAGCCCUCGGGUGCCGCUGGCUAUGCGCACGAUCGAAAGAAUCUGCGCGGUCUCCACUCGUCGACGCUGAGCAACAAAUACGAUGCCGAUACCACCGAUUCUACAUGGAUAUGUGUAUUCUGUAAACGUGGUCCACAUCGUUUAGGGCUAGGCGAUUUAUUUGGACCCUAUCUAGUCUCAAUCGAUUGUGAGGAGUAUAAGACAGCUGUGAAGGCGCCCGAUGCCCUCGACGUUGAUGCGAUUUUUGUUAGCAAACGUAGACGUAUCGAUAUGAUACAGACAAAUCCGCGCAAUCUUCCUGUGGUACAGGCUAAAAACGCCAGCGCGCCAGUAGUUGGUGCGUCUCCUGCGACAAUGUACGCCAGUGGCGCGGGUAAAAAGAAGAAGAACUCAAUGGACACUAACACGCACACAGCUGGCAUGAGUAACGCCGUGCCGAUAAUAGAUCCGCUCGAUUGCACUGCCGAUGAGGUGUUGCAACAAAACUUCCAAGGCAUGUCUAAAGUUUCGGAGAGUAGUUAUGAAGUGUGGCUGCAUGAAGAUUGUGUGAUCUGGGCGCCCGAUGUAUAUUUAGUUGGCGCACGUGUAAUGGGACUUGAUGCGGCAGUCUGGACCAGCACUAACUAUUAUUGCGUAUUGUGCAGUAAACCGGGUGCCAUUGUUUGUUGCCUGCAACGUGAUUGCAAAGCGGCAGCACAUGUGCCAUGUGCACGAGAGGCUGGCUGGAGUUUGAAUGAAUUGACAAUGAAUGUGCAUUGUCAACAUCAUUUGCCAGCAACAACACUAACCCCAACAAUCGGCAUAACAACUCUAGCAGCGUUAGCAACAUUGCAACAACAUACUUCUGCAAGUAGCAGCGGACGUCAAUCGGGUUUAAAGAAUUCCUGAGAAACGCCAACACCGGAGAGUUGCCGUCCACGAUCACGCGCACAAGCACGUGUGCGUCGUCAACGUUGCUUAGGGAAAGCGCCCGAGCAGCGUCGUAUUAAAUCGCAAGAAGAUUAAACAACAAUUUGAAGUCGGACAACAUAGCGCUGUAAACCUAUAAUAUCCAUUGGAUUCCAAAGAAGCGUACGGUGUGCUGAUGCUUAACUUCUUUGCAAACUGGUAAACAUUCGUUAGAUUUAAGCGUAAACAAUUUUAAGAUGUAAUAAUAAUAGUAGUGUACAAUAGUAGAAACUUCAAUUUUGCAAUAAUUACAACCGCAUUAAACUCUA